AUGCUAUCAUUAAUUUAAGGAGACAUAAUUCAAUAAUCAGCAGAUGCAAUUGCCUUACCAUCUGAUAUAGCAUUAUUAAAAGCUCCUGGUUUGAAACAAUUGCAUCGAAACGGCUAAUAAUAAUACAAUGAAUCAAUAGAAAUCCAAAAACCUUUUGGUUAAAUUUAAUAGACAUCUGUCAUAACAUUGCCACUAUAGAAUAGUUAAUUUAAAUAUAUCAUUUUUUGUAUAGUACCAAAACCUGAGGUGAAUAAUUAAGAGUUGUAAUUAUCAUUUUUAUUAGAGCUACUAUUUGAAAAUAUGUAAUAAUAAUAAAUCUAAUAGAAACUAGUUUUGAUGAAAUUACUUUUUUAUAAUUAAAUUCUAUCCUCAUACCAGUGCUUGGUUGUGAUAAUGCAGAUUUUACAAUAUAAGAAUUUUUGAAAGCUUUUUAAUCAAUUUAUCAGAAAAAAAGAGCUAAUUUGAAAAAUGUUAAUUUGAUAUUUGUUUGCUAAAGCUAAUAAGAAUAUGAACCUGUGAAAAGGUUUUUAUCAAUUGAAACCCCAAAAACUGCAAAUCCUAAUAUUAAUGGCAUUUAUAAAACAGUCGCUCAGGGAUGUUAAACAUCUCUAACUGAAAUAUACAAUCAAUUUCAUUUAUAGAAUAUAACAAGAAAUGUUGAAAAUCUAAAACCAGAAGUAUAAGAAGGAAGUGAAAUUGAAAUUGCUUAGUAUCGAAGGGAAUACAAUUAAAAAAAAUAGAAUUAAUAAAACUAGGGUAAUCACUAAUCAGAAAAUUUUCAUAACUAAGAAUCCUUAAACUAAGAAAAUAACUAUCAUAAUUCUAGUUAAAAAUCAAAAGAAUUUUAAUAGGUUGAUACAUUCCAUUAGCCACAUCAAUCAAUUAUACUAAAAUCUUCUCCUAUCAUUUAGUAGAAUAACAUCUUUCUUUCUCUCAUUAUUGAUAUAGAUAGUGUUAUUUUAGAAUAGAAGGAUCUAAUUAAAUUUAUGCUUUAGGUAUGUUGUGAUCUUUAUAAACUUCAUUAAUAAUUACUGUAGGAUUAAGAAAUUCUUGAGUAAUCUAAUUAAGUGUUUAAUUACAAGAUUUCUUAUAAAUAUUCUAUGAUCCCUAAGCAAUUGUUACCUUUUUGUCCUCCUGAGAUGUUAGAAAAUUAAUAGAUAUCUGAAACUCAUGAUUCAUAUUCGCUAGGUAUUAUAUUCAAAAGAGUACUUGAAAAAAUAAACUAGAAAUUAAAUUAAGAAGACUGUAAAUUAAUAAAUUAUAAUUUUAGAAUAAAAUAUGGUUUAAAUUUAAACAUUAUUAGAUAAACUAAUUUCUCAACCAACCUACAGACCAUAAAUAGAUGAUAUAUUUAAUUUGUUAUUAUCACUUUAAUUAAAUGAGUAAUUUAUUGAGAAAUGGACUUAAGCUUAAAGGAAUAUUAAUUAUUUUUAUAGAAAACGUGGUAUUUGGUAGAAGAUAAAAGACUUGAAAAAUUCAAUUUUGGUGAAAGCCUCCCUAAUUAAAAAUUAAGAUUAUAGCAAUCAAUAAUAUCCUCUUACAUAAUAUAUUGAUAAUAGACAAGAGGAUUAGAUUUAAUUAUAAAAUUAAUAAUCAAGUCAUCAAGAAUCUACUUUAUUCACUAAACUUUAAUAAAUUGAAUUUGAUUACGAUUGUGAAUAUGCAUAAAGAGAAUAAAAUUAUAAAUUCUGUUAAAUUGAUUGUGUAGUUAUUGCAGUAGAUAAAUACUAAUUAAAAUAAAGCUUACCUACCUUUAUAAAAUUGGAUUCUUAAUAAGACAAGGUACUUGAUAAAAUCACAAUUUUGGCUUAAAAGGAUAAAGAAUAUUAUUUAUAUCCAAUAAGACAAUAUGUUCCAAUUUUUGGUUGUAGUCUUGUACUUUUGCUAUUUUGUCCAAACCAAGAUUAGACGAUUGGAAGAUAGAAUUAAUUAUAAAAUUGUUUUAGGGAUAUGUAAAUUAUUUAUUCAUUAAUUAAGACUUUUGUAUAAUUUAUAAUGUUUGAAAAUUAAUACUUUUUGCCUAUGUUUGGAUGAAAUUUGUAAAAAUUUAAUUAUAAAUCAAAAUGAAUUAUCAAUGGAUAUUGUAGCCAAAGCGUUUGAUGAAGCUUGUAACAAGAAUCCUGAUCGAGUAAUUUGGAAUGAAAUAUCAAUUAAUAACUAAAAGUGGAUUGUUGUUAAAAAAAGUAAAUGAAAGAAGUAACAUCUAGCUCCUAUGAAAAUUAAGUUGCUUGAAUAAUCAAUCAUCAUACAUAAUUAAGAUAUCACUUAAAUAAAAGGAGUUGAUGCUAUCGUAAAUGUAACUGACCCUAAUCUUACAAAUAGAGGGGGCAUUUGCGGAGCUAUCUUUCGAGCUGCCGGUGAAAGUCUAUUAGUUGAGGAAAUUAAUAUUUUACUUAAAAAACUUGGGAGAAAAUAACUUGAGACUUCAGAAGUAGUUGUUACUAAAAGUUACCGUCUAGGAUAGGAAAAUGGGCCAAAAUACAUAUUUCAUGCUGUUGGUCCAAAAUAUAAUCCAUAAGAUCCUUAAAAAUCAAUAGAAUAAUUAAAUGCAUGCAUUGUUAAUAUGUAAGUUUUUAGAAUUUAAUUAUUUUAUUAGAUUAAAAAAAUGCCAGGAAUAUAAAAUAACAUCAGUUGCUAUACCUACUAUUUCAGAAAGAAAUUUUGAUUUUCCAAAAUAGAUUAGUGCUUAAACCUUACAUUCAGCAAUUCUGGAAUUUCAAUUUGAAAAUCGCAUGUCUAUACAUAUAGUUGAUGUGAUAGACAAAGUAGUUGAGAUAUUUAAAAUUAUUUUUAAAGGUGAAAAAUUAAGAGAAACGAUUCAUUCAAAAUUAGAUUUUGCUCCUCCAACAGAUUGUUUAGUUUGCCCCAUAAAUUUAUAAAAUUAUAAUUCUGAAGCUCUUAAAAGGAUAAUUGAGUUAGCUGGGCCUUCAUUUUAAAAUGAAUUGGAAUAAUAAUUAAAAACUAAAUAAAAUUAUAGUGACCUUUAAAAUUGUUAAUGCUUUUUAAUUCAAGGCCACAAAAUGAAGUUCAAUAACAUCAAUCAAAUUUUGUUGAUUUCCAAACCAUUAAAUAUAAUUGAUAAAUAAACACUCUUAUAUUAAGUAUUUUUUUCAAUGUAUUUAUUUUUACAUAAAUUAGAUUGGUUGAGACUUUUCUGAAGAACAAUAUCACCUCAAUUACAAUAUUGUUGUAUAGUAUUCUUCAAUAAUGCUUGACUACUUAGGAAGAUUUUAUGAGAUAUUGUGGAAAGCAAGCCAUCAAUAUAUUAUUAAAAGUAAUUCGGGAUUUUGAGGAAAAAUUUCAGUAAGAAUGUGGAAAAAUUACGAUAUUAUCAAAUGUUGCAUAAUUUUGUACUGAGUGUGAGUUAAUGUUUAAAUGA